GCCCAUGCCGCUGCCAUCCAGGAGCACCAUCUGGCGACCAGUGAUUCGUGUAAGGAAGCGGAGGCCUGGUGCCUGCGCAAUGGUUGGAAGGGGAUGUUCUCCCCUGCGAAUCCAGGUGAGGGCGAGGGCAGCUCAGGCGGGGUGGCCGUUCUUGGUCGUAACUUCCUCGGCUUGCACCCCUUGACCAACCUCAACUCCGAUGUUGUCCCGUCCAGGGCG